GCAACAGCAAAGGUUUUGCUACCAUGGUUUCAAAAAGGAAGCUGUCGAAAGCUGAGACUUCUGGAGAGAAUGGCAAGGCAGAUCUGCCGAGUAGGUGCUCAGAAACAAAGAAGUUGCGGAUUUCUGCCCCUGGUGGAAUGGAGACUGAGGGAAUUUUUGAAGAGCUCAUUAGAACAUCAGGAAUUGUACUGAAAGCUGGGGAGGGACAGAAUGAAAUAGCUGUAGAUCAAAUGACUUUCCAGAAGAAGCUCUGCCUGGCUCUGGAGAAGCACCCAACUUACCCAGGUGUUGUGAAGCAAUUUAUCAGUGGUUUGGAAUCUCGCAUCAAGGACAGAAACCAGUUCAAGAACUGUCUCUUGCCGUGUGCUCCCAUCCAGACCGAGGGGUCAAGGACUCAACAUUCGUACUGUGACAGCCUCAUUAAACUGCUGCUUGGAAUUAAGAUCUUACAGCCUGCUGUCAUAACACUGUUGUUAGAAAAGAUUCCCGAAUUCUUUUUUGACAUCGUGGGCACCUUUGGAACAGAUUUUCCCCGGCUCAUCAUCAAUCAGUUUAAAUGGCUUGAUAAGCUUCUUGACAGCCAGGAUCUCGUCAAGAAGUUAAUGGAGCUGGUUAGUGUCUCUCCAGUGCCAAUCCAGCAUGAUAUUAUCACCAGUUUACCUGAGAUCCUGGAGGAUUCCCAGCAAAGUGAAGUUGCCAGAGAGCUCAGCUGCUUACUCAAACAGGGCAGGCGGCUGACAGUUCCAAUCCUGGAUGCCCUUUCUCGACUGGAUCUCGAUUCAGGCCUUCUGGCUGAGGUGCGGCAGUCUGCCAUGACCAUUGUGCCUUCUGUAAAACUGGAAGAUUUGCCUGUAGUAGUAAAAUUCAUCCUCCAUAACGUCAAGGCAGCAGAUGCAGUAGAGGUGAUUUCUGAUCUCCGUAAGAAGUUGGAUCUAUCAUCAUGUGAUCUGCCCAUGAAGAUCCUAAGUUCCCAGAAGAAGGUUAAAAGUCAAGUCCAGGCCAGUUCUUCCAUGAGCCAAGUAACCACCAGCCAGAAUUGUGUGAAGCUACUUUUUGAUGUGAUCAAGUUAGCUGUAAGAUUUCAGAAAGAGGUCUCUGAAGCAUGGAUUAAGGCUAUUGAGAACAGCACUUCUGUAUCUGACCAUAAGGUUCUGGAUCUGAUAGUUUUGCUGCUAAUCCAUUCUACAACCACCAAGUACAGGAAGCAGGCUGAGAAAUUACUGAAGAGCAAAAUCCGACUGGGCUGCAUGCCUGAACAACUGAUGCAGAAUGCCUUCCAGAAUCAUUCAUUGGUUAUCAAAGACUUCUUCCCUUCAAUCCUAGCAGUUGCUCAGACGUUUCUGCACUCUGGACACCCAGCUGUGGUUUCCUUUGGCAGCUGCAUGUACAAGCAAGCUUUUGCAGCCUUUGACUCUUACUGCCAGCAGGAGGUUGUCACUGCUUUGGUGACUCAUGUGUGCAGUGGAAAUGAGACAGAACUGGACAUUUCUCUGGAUGUGCUCACUGAUUUGGUGGUCCUGCACACAGCCCUGCUGAUGCGCUACGCCACCUUCGUGAAG